GGGCCUGGCUGUCGGUCCUCCGAACGGCGACUCGGGCUCUGCGCCUGCGUCCACCCGGCAGCCGGCGCGGCGGCGGCGGCAGCUGUCUCGGCUGCACCGCGCCGCCCAAGUGUCAGGCGAUCCAUGGGCCAGCGGCUAGGGCCACGAUGACAGAUUACGGCGAGGAGCAGCGCAACGAGCUGGAGGCCCUGGAGGCUAUCUACCCCGACUCUUUCACAGGCAGAUGUCUCUCAGCUACUCAUGUAUAGCUCCAGUCCUGUUCAUGUUCUCUCUCUCACCAGCAGUACAGCAGUGCUGUGAGGAUGUUAAGGGGAUGAGUGAAGAGGGGUUUGAGAGUGGCAUUAUCUGGCUUGAUUGCAAAUUGAUCCAACCCUCCUAACAACUAGUCUUCCAAAAUAUAAAUGGACUCUCCUGAUACCACAUUCUCCUUCAGUAGUGCUUCACAUGACAAGGUCCUGCUAAGUAUUAUCAGAAAAUCCACACAGCUUCACCAUUACUGUUACAUCUGAGGCUGGAGAAAAUGAUGAAACUGUUCAGACUACCCUAAAGUUUACAUAUAGUGAAAAAUAUCCAGAUGAAGCUCCCCUUUAUGAAAUAUUCUCCCAGGAAAAUUUAGAAGAUAAUGAUGUCUCAGACAUUUUAAAAUUAUUAUCAAUGCAGGCUGAAGAAAAUCUUGGUGUGGUGAUGAUCUUUACUCUAGUUACAGCUGUGCAAGAAAAACUAAAUGAAAUAGUAGAUCAGAUAAAGACUAGAAGAGAGGAAGAAAAGAAACAAAAGGAAAAGGAAGCAGAAGAAGCAGAAAAGAAAUUAUUUCAUGGCACUCCUGUUACAAUUGAGAAUUUCUUAAGCUGGAAGGCCAAGUUUGAUGCAGAACUCUUGGAAAUAAAAAAGAAACGGAUGAAAGAGGAAGAACAAGCAGGAAAAAAUAAGUUAAGUGGGAAGCAGCUGUUUGAGACUGAUCAUAAUCUUGAUACAUCUGACAUCCAGUUCUUAGAGGACGCUGGAAACAAUGUGGAGGUCGAUGAGUCAUUGUUCCAGGAAAUGGAUGACUUGGAGCUGGAGGAGGAGGAGGAUGAUCCAGACUACAAUCCCGCUGACCCAGGGAGUGACUCAGACUAAAGGACUGCUCCCGUCUCUAGAGAGGCUUCACAGCCACAGCAUCUGUGGCUAUGCUGAGAGGGUUUUGAUUUUCCUUUCUUUUUUCUAAGAAAAAAUCAUUUUCAGGAGAAUAUUCUUCUGAUAGCUUACAUCAUUGAACUUAAUAAACUGACCUUAAAAUUUCAAAU